AUGGACAGGCCCGCCAGGGUGGACUGGUACAGGCGGAACAAAAAGAUUCACGCUGCUGGCCAGAAGAAGUCCUUCGACGACGGUAUAUACGAGGAGGAGUCCUCGAAGGCCGCUUUCAUGAACGACGCGGACUUGCACGACUACUUGCCGCAGGACGAGUGGGUCAUUCGCGAGAAGCAGCUCCAAGACGGCUUGACUACCGCAGCUGCCAUCGCGCCGUUCGAGGAGAAAUGUGGGGGCCCUUCGACCGCCAAGAGGAAUAUUCGUAACCAUAUUUGCCUGGGUGUCUUCAAGGGCGCCCGCGUCGGGAGUGGCAAGUCGCAGGAAGAGAGGCAGGCGUGCAAGCGCCAGAAGAUGAUUGAGGACGCGGGCGGGGUCAGGGAAGCGGCUGCGCUUGGUGAGCAGCGCUCAUCUUCAAUGGGCCGCUGGCUGCAAGGCAUGAACAACCACGUCUCGUCCAACGUGCCCAUGCCCGCGGACUUGGCUGACGACAUCGACGUGGAGACCCCCGUCGGCAUGAGCGCUCCUUCAUCCAGCGGGCUCGAGGCCACCCGCAAAGACACGACCGUGGCCGGCCACGCCGCGGCGGCAGUCCGGGAGAUGGACGAGGCGGACUUGCACGCGGCAGAGGAGGCACUCAAGAUCAAGAAGCAAAGCGCUGCCUCUGUUGGGCGGCCCGUCGGUCGGCCCCAGAAGAGCAGAGCCCAAGUGCUCGCUGACGUAGCCGCGGUGCUGAGGGAGAAGACGGGGUGGCUGGGCGACGUCGCUUCGAAGUACGAUCGCGAUGCCAAGGAGAUUCUCGAAGAGGCCAAGGCUGCGUUCUCGAACUCCCUUCCCGAUGACCUGCAGAAGGUGAAGAAAGCCGCCGAGAAGGUCGUGGAGCUCCAGAAGAAGCUGACUGACACGAAGUGCGAGAUGCUCUGCGAGGACGGCGCAAGCUCCGAUGAUGCGCGCAAGAGGAUUGUCGAGCAGCUGCGCGUGGUCUCCACCAUCCACUCGAAGAACGUCCUGAACUCGAUCAACGCCUUCAAGAAGGCGCACGGGCUGGCCAAGAAGGAGGCGAGCAAGAAGACGGCGGACAAGAACGGGAGAGGCGUUGGGGUGAUCGACGAUCUGGCGAAGGGCUUGAUGGAGCUGACGCCGUGCUUGGUGAAUGGCCCCGCCCCGCUGAUGACGGCGUUCGAUAAGCUCGCGGGCGUCAAGGCCUACUCCAAGUGGGUCCAGAAAGAGAUGAAGAAAACAAGCUUACAUGUCAUCCACUCCGACUUCAAGCCUGGAGUUGCAAGGACAAUCGACGCGAUCCUCGUGAAGCACCUCCCGUCUUCGAAGUGCAAGCCCCCUUUCUCCGCAGACUAUUGCGGCGAUGCUGCGCUUGGCAGUCAGCAGUGGGUUUUCACCGAGCAGUUCGGUCAGAUCGGGGUCACGCCCUUCUGCGUCUCCGAUGUGCGCCUCCUCGAGUCUGGCUCGUACUUCUGCGCUGGCGUGAAGAUCGACAAGGUGCGCGGGGCCACGCUCGAGGACAAGCUGGAGGGGCUUGGGUCGACCAACGGCGUCGACGCCAUCAAGAAGCUGCUCGAGCAGAAACGCGGCUUCUGCGUUCAGCAUGACUCGCCAGGCCCCCUGCUCGUCAUCCCAGCCGGUUACAUCUUCGCGAUCUGGUGGGACCGCACUAUCGACAAUGAAGUGUGCCUGGGCAUCCGCUGGGGCCACAUGAAUCAGAAUAAGGAGGAGCUCGACAUGAUCAAGGGCCUCGUGAAGCAGACGAUCACAAUGCACCCUGACAUGGGGCCGAACUACAAGCCCUUCGCCCGGCAGAUCGAACAGUUCUUGCUGCCGGCUGCGCGGCCGUAG